AUGACCAAACCUUCCUUUUCUGCCCGUCAACCUGCGCUUAUCACAGGUGGUGAACUUCGCGAUUAUCAAUUAGCCGGUGUAGAAUGGCUCAUCAGCUUGUGGGAAAAUGGUUUGAAUGGUAUUUUGGCUGAUGAAAUGGGUCUUGGCAAAACUUUACAAACUAUAGGUUUCUUGGCGCAUUUGAAAUCUAUGCAAGUAGCUGGCCCUUACUUGAUCGUAGCGCCUCUAUCUACUUUGGCUAAUUGGGUGAAUGAAUUUAGACGAUUUGCACCUUCCAUUAAUGUUCUCCUCUAUCACGGCUCUAAGGAGGAGCGACAGCAUAUGAUUUCUCAUAAGAUGAAGAAAAAGAACGAAAUCUUAUUUGAUUUUCCUGUUAUCGUUACAAGUUUUGAAAUCGUCAUGAAUGAUCGAAAAUAUCUACAGCGCUAUAAUUGGAAAUAUAUUGUUGUUGACGAAGGGCAUCGAUUGAAAAACAUGAACUGCCGCUUAAUUAGGGAAUUGAAAAGUUAUUCAAGUGCAAAUAGACUGUUGCUUACAGGCACACCUCUUCAGAAUAAUCUUGCAGAAUUGUGGAGUUUAUUGAAUUUCCUAUUACCUGAUAUUUUUGAUGAUCUGGAUAUGUUUCAAUCCUGGUUCGAUUUUUCAGAUAUCAAUAAGAAAAGUGGCCAAGAUCGUAUCAUGAAAGAAGAAGAAGAGGACCAAAUUGUGUCUAGCCUACAUACCAUUCUUCGCCCCUUUUUGCUGAGGAGAUUGAAAACUGAUGUUGAGCACUCACUGCCGAAGAAGAAAGAAUACCUUUUGUAUGCCCCCUUAACGCAACCACAGAAGGAUUUGUACGACGCUAUUAUUAACCGUGAUCUGCGUGAUUACCUCAUCAAACGAAAAACAAAGAAACAAGACGCUAGCAAUGGUGAAACUGUUAACGUCAAUGGUACGUCUGGAGAGCGUAAAGUCGAAGGUCGUUACACCAGGGAAUUCAAAAAGCCUAUUAGCUAUAAAGAAAAAUCAGACAGGCAAUUCUUCAAAGAGUUGGAUAAGCAAACAGAAGAGGAUCACAGUAACAGGGAAAAGCAGAUUGCUGAACAGAACCAGCGCGAGGAUAUGACGAAAGCUGUGAGACAGGUCAAUGGCUUACAUUUACAAAACUUGGUAAUGCAACUUCGAAAAGUGUGUAACCAUCCUUUUUUGUUUGAUUGGCCGAUUGAUCCUACUACUAAGGCGCCUGUUAUCAGUGAAGAAUUGGCUGCACAGUCUGGCAAAGUGCUACUUUUGGAUCGUCUUCUAACAGGAUUAUUUGACAGAGGCCACAAAGUAUUGGUUUUCUCUCAAAUGACGAAAAUGUUGGAUAUUUUGGAAGAUUGGGCUGUUACUUUAAAAGGUUGGCCUGUUUGUCGCUUAGAUGGUAGUGUGUCUCAAGAAGAUCGUCGAGCACAAAUUGAAGAAUUCAGUGACCCCAAAAGCAAAAUCAAUCUGUUCUUGCUUUCUACACGUGCCGGUGGUCUCGGUAUUAACUUGACAGCUGCAGAUACCGUUAUCAUUUUCGACAGCGAUUGGAACCCCCAAAUGGAUUUACAAGCUCAAGAUCGUGUUCAUCGUAUUGGACAGAAGAAACCUGUAUUGAUUUAUCGCUUGGUUGCGGCCAAAACUGUUGAAGCAAAGAUACUUGAAAAAGCUACGGCAAAACGUCGCCUGGAAAAAUUGGUCAUCAGCAAAGGCAAAUUCAAAUCCCCUGUAGGCGCGAAAUCCGCACAAGAGAGUACAGUUCGUGAGUUGGCUGAAAUUUUAGCAUCCGAAGACGGUGAACAAGUACAAAUCGUUGCCCAAGGAGAUAAGGUUAUCUCUGAUGAAGACCUUGAAAAGCUGCUAGAUAGAAGUCCGUCGGUAUUUGAGACUAAAAGCACUAGCGUAACUGAUCAAUUUAGAGAAAUUGACUCUGCGGAAAUGCAAGAUUCCAAGAACGAGAUUUUCGCCACACGUACAUAG